UCGUCGCAAAUUCAAUUACAACUUCAACCACAAUCUUCAAUUCAACCUCCAUCCCAACCUCAGUUACAAGCAACACUACAAGCUCCAUUACAACCACCUCCAAUACCAACUCCAAGUCAACAACCACCACAUCCAGGAUAUCAAACAAUGAUACAACAACUUCAACAACCUCGUCCCAAUAGAGUUACUCCAGUUCAAAAGCCAAUUGGAUUAGAUCCUGUUGAAAUAAUAAAAGAAACAGAGAACAAAAUUGCCCAAAGAAUUGCUCAUAGAAUAGAGGAAUUACAAAAUAUUUCAGCAAAUUUACCAGAAGAUUUAAAAGUUAAAGCAAUGACUGAAUUACGAGCUCUUCGUUUAGUCAAUUUUCAACGUCAACUUAGACGUGAAGUGGUCGCUCAUAUGAGAAAAGAUACUUCAUUGGAAACUGGUCUUAAUCCAAAGUUAUAUAAGAGAAGUAAAAAGAUUGGACUACGAGAUGCAAGGAUUACAGAGAAAUUGGAGAAACAAAAAAGACAAGAACAAGAAAAUAAAAGAAUUGAGAAACAUCAAGAAUAUUUACGAGGAGUUUUACAACAUGUAAAAGAUUUUAAAGAAUAUCAUCGAAAUAUUCGUGGUAAAGUGGCAAAAGUUAAUAAAGCUGUUGCAACUUAUCAUGCAAAUACUGAGAGAGAACAAAAGAAGGAACAAGAAAGAAUUGAGAAAGAACGUAUGAGAAGAUUGAUGGCUGAAGAUGAAGAAGGUUAUCGUAAACUUAUUGAUCAAAAGAAGGACAGAAGGUUGGCAUUCUUGUUGUCACAAACUGAUGAAUAUAUUAAAAAUCUUACUGAAAUGGUUAAACAACAUAAAGUUGAUCAACGUAAAAAAUUAAAGGAUAAAAAGAAGAAGAAGAAAAAGAAGAUUAAGAAAGAAAAUAAAGAAGGUGUUAAAGGAGAAGAUGGAGAAGGUAAAGGUGAUACAACAAUGGAUGGAACUAUUGAUGAAAGUUCACAACAAUCAGAUGUGCGUAUAAAUGUUAUGGAAACAUCAACCGGUAAAGUUUUGGUUGGAAAAGAAGCUCCACUUGCCAGUCAAUUGGAGACUUGGCUUGAGAUGCAUCCUGGUUAUGAAGUUGCUCCUAGAGAAACAGAUGAUGAAGAUGAAGAUGAUGAUGGUGAUGAUUCAUCUGAAGAUGAUGAAGAUUCUAAGCAACAACAGCAACAAAUACAACAACAACAAUCUCAACCAGAUCCAGUAAUGAAUGCAGCUAACAAAAAUGUUAUCCAAGCAGCAUCCCAAGAAGAUGAUGAAUAUAAAAGUGGGGGUUAUCAAAACUAUUAUAAUAUUGCUCAUGCAAUUAGUGAAGAAGUUACAGAGCAAGCAUCAAUUAUGGUUCAUGGUAAACUGAAAGAAUAUCAAAUUAAAGGACUUGAAUGGCUUGUAUCUUUGUAUAAUAAUAAUUUGAAUGGUAUAUUAGCUGAUGAAAUGGGUUUGGGUAAAACAAUUCAAACAAUUGCAUUGAUAACAUAUUUGAUUGAAAGAAAGAAGAAUAAUGGUCCUUUCCUGAUUAUUGUGCCAUUAUCAACAUUGUCAAAUUGGAUGUUGGAAUUUGAUCGUUGGGCACCAAGUGUUUCCAAAAUACCUUAUAAAGGUUCACCAAAUGUUCGUCGUAGUUUACAGCAAAAAUUGAAAACAUCAAAGUUUAAUGUUUUAUUGACAACUUAUGAAUACAUUAUUAAAGACAAAGCAUCUUUAGCAAAGAUAAAGUGGAAAUACAUGAUAAUUGAUGAAGGUCAUCGAAUGAAGAAUCAUCAUUGUAAAUUGACUCAAGUUUUAAACACUCAUUAUGCUGCACCACAUCGACUUUUAUUAACUGGAACUCCAUUGCAAAACAAAUUACCUGAAUUAUGGGCACUUUUAAAUUUCUUGUUACCAUCAAUUUUCAAGUGUUGUAAUACUUUUGAACAAUGGUUUAAUGCUCCAUUUGCUACAACUGGAGAAAAAGUGGAACUAAAUGAAGAAGAGACAGUUUUGAUUAUUCGUCGUUUACAUAAAGUACUUCGUCCAUUCUUGUUGCGUCGAUUAAAGAGAGAAGUAGAAUCUCAAUUACCUGAUAAAGUUGAAUAUGUGGUUAAAUGUGAUAUGUCAGCUUUACAACGAGUCGUUUAUCGACAUAUGCAAACAAAAGGAAUUGUUUUAACGGAUGGUUCAGAGAAAGAUAAACGUGGUAAAGGAGGAGCACAAACAUUGAUGAAUUCAAUUAUGCAAUUACGUAAAAUUUGUAAUCAUCCAUUUAUGUUCCAACAUAUCGAAGAAGCAAUAGCUGAUCAUACUAGUAUCAGUGGUGGUAUUGUUUCUGGACCUGACUUGUAUAGAUCUAGUGGUAAAUUUGAACUUUUAGAUCGUAUACUUCCAAAAUUGAAACAAACUGGACAUCGAGUAUUACUUUUCUGUCAAAUGACAACAUUAAUGACUAUAAUGGAAGAUUAUUUCAAUUAUCGUAAUUUUACUUACCUUCGUUUGGAUGGUACAACAAAAGCUGAAGAUCGUGGAGAACUUUUGGCUCAAUUUAAUGCUGAAAAUUCUGAAUAUUUUAUCUUUAUGUUAUCAACUCGAGCUGGUGGAUUAGGUUUAAAUUUACAAGCAGCAGAUACAGUUAUAAUCUUUGAUUCUGAUUGGAAUCCUCAUCAAGAUUUACAAGCCCAAGAUCGAGCUCAUCGUAUUGGUCAAAAGAAUGAAGUUCGUGUAUUGCGUCUUGUAAGUGUAAAUUCAGUAGAAGAGCGUAUCUUAGCAGCAGCUAAAUACAAAUUAAAUCUUGAUGAGAAAGUCAUUCAAGCUGGUAUGUUUGAUCAAAAAUCAACUGGAACUGAACGACGUCAAUUUUUACAAGCAAUUUUACAAACUGAAGAAGUUGAUGAAGAUGAAGAUGAAAAUGAAGUUCCCGAUGAUGAAACUAUUAACCAGAUGAUUGCUCGUAGCGAGGAUGAAUUUGAACUGUUCCAACAAAUGGAUAUUGAUAGGAGAAGAGCUGAAGCAAGAGAUCCUCGAAGAAAGCCACGUUUAAUGGAAGAAAAUGAAUUACCUAGUUGGUUAUUAAAAGAUGACGCUGAAGUUGAAAGAUUAACUCAGGAAGAAGAAGAAGAAGAUAAAUUUGGACGAGGUUCCCGACAAAGAAAAGAAGUCGAUUAUAGUGAUGCUUUAACUGAAAGACAAUUCUUAAAAGCAAUUGAAGAUGGUAAUUUAGAUGAACUUGAAACACCGACUAAACGUGGUAAAAAGAAUGGUCCUGGUAGAAAAAGGAAACGUGAUGAAUCACCUUCAACACCAGGAGCUUCAACACCUAGACCAGGAAAGAAAGGGCGACGUCCAGGUCCAGUACCACGUGAUAAAACUCCAAUAGCACCAGAAUUAAUGAAGAAAAUGAAAAAAUUGAUGAAGAUAGUUAUCGAUUACAAAGAUGGUGAUGACAGAGUUUUAUCAGAUCCAUUCUUGAAACUUCCAUCUCGUCGUGAAUUACCUGAUUACUAUGAAGUAAUAAAAAAGCCAGUUGAUAUUUUCAAGAUUCGUCAAAAAAUUCGUGAUAAUAAGUAUCGAUCACUUGAUGAUUUGGAGAGUGAUUUCAUGUUACUUUGUAAAAAUGCACAAGCUUAUAAUGUGGAAGGGUCAACCAUUUUUGAAGACUCAAUUGUACUACAAUCAGUUUUUACAAGUGCAAGAGAAAGAAUUGAAAAAGAUGGUGAUAUUUCUGUCGAAGAUCCGAAUGAUAGCGAAGAAGAAGAAGAAGAGAAACCUGCAUGUUACCCAUGAUAAUCAAUCGAUUUCAAUAAUUUCCACGCAUCUACAUUUAAUUGUUAAAGUACUGUUGAGAAUAUCUUCAAAUUAGUCAUUUUUUUCAUAAAUUCUAGUUUACUGAAACCUGCAUGUGACCCAUGAUAAUAAUCAAUCUAAAGCAACACAAAGCUGCGAGAAAAAUAAGAUAAUUUAUUGUUGAAUACUUUUUAGGUUGAAGAAGAAGAAGAUGGAGAUGAUGAUCCCGAUGACGAUUCCUCUGUUAAGAUGAAGAUCAAAUUAAAAGGAAGAAAACCUCGUCAAGCUCGUCAAAAGAAAAAAUAUGUCAGCGAUAACGAUGAUUCCGAUGAUACAGAUUAACUAAAUGAAACAAAAACAACUUUCGAUUGCUUCUAGCAAACGAAAAGAAGUAGAUUGAUGAACUUGAAACACACUUGAAAAGAGGUUAAAAGAAUGGUCCUGGUAGGAAGAGGAAACGUGUUGAACUUAAAUCACCUUCAACAUCAGGAACACCAUCAACACCUAGACCAGGAAACUGUAAUUAUUUAAUAAAAUCUAUUCUUCCAACCUCCAAAUUGUAAACAGUCGAUGUAAUUGUUGAUCAUCCAUUGGAUAGCCAUUGCCAUGAUCAAGAAUCUAAUAAAGUAAAUAAAAUAUAUAUUGAUUAAAGAAUUGUAAAACAAAAA